UGACGCCGGACGCGCCGCUUAGGGACGCGGGCGCGCAAGGCAGCAGGAGUUGUUUCCGGCAGUGUCGGUGUUCUAGCUCGAUUUGAGGCGGCGGCGGAGGAAGGAAGAUGGAGACGAUUCUGGAGCAGCAGCGGCGCUAUCACGAGGAGAAGGAACGGCUCAUGGACGUCAUGGCUAAAGAGAUGCUCACUAAGAAGUCCACGCUCCGGGACCAGAUCAAUUCUGACCACCGCACACGGGCCAUGCAAGAUAGGUAUAUGGAAGUCAGUGGGAACCUGAGGGAUUUGUAUGAUGAUAAGGAUGGGUUACGAAAGGAGGAGCUCAAUGCCAUUUCAGGACCCAAUGAAUUUGCUGAAUUCUAUAAUAGACUCAAACAAAUAAAGGAAUUCCACCGGAAGCACCCAAAUGAGGUAUGA